AUGGGUUUACCAGGAUUCUUUCCCUCAUCCGAGGUUGGGCACAGCACUAGUCGUGGCUCUCCAGGCGUAGUUGUGUGCUUCUAUAGGAGCCUCAGUGUGUCUGUGAUGGGCACACGGAAUCAUAUAGUGUCCUCCAGACAGCAAUGGGACUUGCUGCGCAAAAUCAGUCUAGUCUAUCCUGUAGCCGUCUGCGAAGCGGCUCGUGCGGGGCCUCCUUCACUGACUUUCCAGGUUGACAGUAUCGAGAGCCUUAUCAUUGAGUACAUCAGCGCUCCUUGA